GAGUAUCCUCGUCGCGGAUUCAAGAUGGCUGCCGACGGUGGAGACUCGCAAGUAUCCGAAAAAGAUCUGUCGCAGGACUCAAAUUGCUUCAAGGCGAUAUUAUUCUGCUUCGUUUUGGCUAUUACUUAUGUUGGUAGCCUGUACAUAUGGAAGAAGAUGAAUCACAGAGAUCAUCCUCUGACAGUGAAGAGGAGAUUCGUAAGCGUUUUCGUUGUUGCCAUCAUAUCACCAUUUCUCACUUAUUUUGGAACAAAUUUUAAUUAUUUUAAAGAGAAUCCAGGAAUUCUGGAAUUAUUAGGGAUCAGAUGGUCUGGCUGCAUCGCUGCAUUGACCAUUCCUCUAUUACUAACAAUGGUACUUUUCUUUGGUCCUCUUUUUAUGCACUACAUCGAUGGCAUCUGCACUAUUUAUUUUGAAACAACAUACUGGUCUACUAAUUUAAGAAAUUUGAUCUGGUUAAGAAAUCACAUUGUAGCUCCAUUUUCAGAAGAAUUCACCUUUCGUGCCUGCAUGCUACCGAUUCUAGUGCCUUGUUUCGGUGCUUCGAUGUCUAUUUUAAUAUGUCCUCUGUUCUUCGGAUUAGCUCAUUUACAUCAUUUGUGGGAGAGAUUAAUUAUAGGAACUAAUAUUAAACAUGCCGUUCUACAGUCAUUAUUUCAACUUGUAUAUACGACAAUUUUUGGAAUGUAUUCUGCUUAUUUAUUUAUACGCACAGAUCAUUUCUUGGCACCAUUUCUUGUCCAUGCAUUUUGUAACCACAUGGGAUUUCCGGAUUUUGGAGAGAUUUUCGUCCAUCCCAGGCCGACCAGGGUGUUCAUAAUGAUUGCAUUCAUCUCUGGACUGCUGACUUGGGUGACUCUUCUAGAACCUUGCACUAGACCUUAUUUAUUCCACAAUAAUGUUUAUGCAUAAUUUGUUUAUACUAAUGUUAACGUAGUUAUUCACCCCAGUUGCAUUACUUCGUAAUUGACAGACUUGUUAGUUAUUUGCUAGCUGGACAGACAAAAACUCAGGUGUAUAAUCGACGAGAAUUCAAAUUGUACAAAUUGCAUUUAUUUUAAGCUAGACGUUAGUGAAUUUAUUGCAUUUAGUUGAAUAUUUUUUAUAUGUAUACAUUCACUAAUGUUUUUUUUUAUAAGCUCCAGUUUUGUAUGCAGACAGGCUUACAUGCUAUUGUUAGAAAUUAUGGAUUACUGUCUAAUUGAAACAGCAAUGUGUAUUUGGGUACAAUGUACAUUUGCUGCUUUCAGUUUAAAUUUGUAGAAGCUUUCAUUACAAUCAGUUUAGUGCCAACUUGGCAAAAUUUUGAUUGUACCAUCUAAAUAAUGUCACCAAUUGUUUUCUAAAACUCUAAUCACUCCAAAUAUGCAAUGAUGGAUUAAAUGAGCCUGCAUCAAUCUGAUCCCAUCUGUGAUUUUUGAAACUAGUCUUGCAUUUUCUGCACAAUUUUUUUUUUAAGUUAGUUUUAAACAUGCUCAAAAUUUUGAAAAAAAUAAAUAAAAUUAAUAAGCAAUAUGAUUUUAUAAAAAGCUAAAAUUUAUUAUUGCUCAAUUUAAGUGCAAAAUAUUUAAUUACGAUCACUGAACAACCUCGCAGAAGAUACUCUUGUGGAUUCGCUUAUUCAAAGUAUGAAGUGUAUUGCACUUUGUGAGAAUUACAUUUUGAGUGUACGAUGCAAUUACACAUUUCUAUUUUAUUGCACUAAAUCAUGCAAUUAUCAAUUCAUCUACAAAAGCAAAGUGGACAUUUUAUCGUGAAUCUAAACUCUACGGCUUAAUGAAAACGGAUAUACACACCUCUCCUGAUCUAUUAUAAUUACAUAAAAAUUAUAAAUUGCAAUAAUUUGCAACUAAUAUGUAAAAAUUUUGAUGCAUUCUCUCAUUGAAGAUCUCACCUCUCAUUUAAAAAUAUAAAUACAUGCUAUCUCAGUACUAUAGGACGAUCAAAUAAAAGUAUAAUUCUUGAGGACUUUGGCAAUGGCAGCUGAAUUUCUUGCUGUACUUCCCUUCGAUCACUCAUUAUAUGAAGCCAUUUCGCAUUUCGAUCAUAUUUUCUCCAUCUUCUAAGAGACAAUGCAAAACAAUAAAAUUUGUUAGUUUCUCUGUUUCGUGUCUUUAAAAGGCAGCCCUGCUUCCUUUGGCCAAAUGCUCCUAGACACCACAUAGCUUAGCUGUCAGAUACAAAAUUCUUCUAUAUAUAUUUAUUUUCCAAUGAUUUGUUCAUAAGCAGCUGUAGAUGUAAUUAUGGCAUUCUUUUCAAUCACAUAUCAUUCCCAUAGUUAACAAAAAAACAUGUUGCAGGAAUGAAGCCAAUGCCAAAUAAUAGCUUGAAGUAUUAAUGGUUAUGUAACACUUGCACCAUAAUUUAUAUAGACUUGUUCGUAAGGAAAAAUUAAAUUUUUAUCUGAAUAUAUUUCUUCUAAACGUAGAAUAUUUUUCAAAGAAAGUUUUCUUUAGCAUGUACAGAUUCGUCCACUUAUAUCAUGUUUGUAA